ACCCCAACUAAGCCGCUUGGGACCUAUACAGUCAUUGAUAUAUACACACCCACGUUGGAUGAUGAAAUUGAAAUGUGCAUGGGCGACUCAGUAACCAUUUUGCAAGAGUUUGAUGACGGCUGGUGCAUGGGAAUUAACAACACGAGAGGUGAUAUCAAAGGAGUCUUCCCAAGACACUGCGUGGAG